AUGGCUACAGAUGACCUUAUAUCAAAAUGGAAAAGAAAUGAAGAUACGAACACCGUUUUUUUUGGAUCUAAUCGUAAUGAUAUUAUCCAAAAAAUUAGAACCCGAGUUAUAAACCAGGGAAGCGAAUUUACAGACAAUGAAUGGAAUAUUAAAGAACGCCCGUUAAAAGCAUUUUAUAAAAAACAUGAUAGACCCAGUUUGAGCACAUUUUUUAAGUAUGAUCCAAAAAUGACAAUAUCUAAGCGUAUCCCAAAUCAAAAUCGACGAUUCUGUGCUGGAGUACGGGGUUGUACGAGUCCUGACGAUGUUAAACAAGCCGCACAAGUUGAAGGUCUUAUCAAUUCUAUUGCUGUCGAAUACAAUGAAAAUCUUGGUAAGAGCUGGAUUGGUACUGUAGUUGAUGACUAUUUGUUCUAUAAUAGUAAUUCUAACGAAUUAGUAUUCAGGAUGAGUAACUUGGGUUUCGCUUCUCGAAAAGGCAUUUGCCAAAAUUCAUUAUAUUACGAAAGUAUUGAUGGAAAUUGGCCGUCUUUAGCACUUACGAGUCUAGGUGGUAUUGACAUACAAGGAGAUAUUAAAUCGUGGGAUUCGAUUUAUUCCAUCAUUAAUGGACGCAAAAUAUUUACUUGUAUUAAUGGCGAAACUAAAAAACCUGAAAUAAUGUCUCACGUCGGAGCAGAUGGUUUAGUCGGGAAUCAUGUAUACACCAUUCUUCGUGCCGUAAAUUUCCACAGUAAUAUGUUGGUCAAAAUUCGUAAUCCGUGGGCGAAUACUGAAUGGAAGGGCCGAUGGGCAGAUUCUGAUCCAAUCUGGUGGCCAUGGACAAAUAAAGGAACAUUAACUAGAAUAAACGAAUUGGAAUAUUCCUUCGGAAAUGAUGGUACUUUUUUUAUGGAAUACCGUGAUAUUUUGUCUAAUUUUUAUCAGAUAGAUGGUCGUGAAUACCCAUUGACUGUUGAUAGAAUGAAUCAGCCAGAUUUGUCAACUAUAGAAUUAACAUUUUUAGGACAACAUCCUAACAAUUGGAUUUCUCUUGUUUCCGGUAGCGGAAGGGAUGGAUUAGGUUCUUAUAUUAUCGAGCAAGGCCAGCAUAAUCUAUCAUCAAAAACUAUCACAUUUAUUAAACGUUAUAUCAAUUGUAAUGGUAAUGCAGUCUGGCACUAUCAAGGCCAAUACUCUCACAAGAUGUUUUAUGGAAAUUGGGGCACUCCUAGCCAGCCGGAUCUUGGAAAAUUCAUUAUUAGACGGGAUCAAUUGUCAAUUGACCUAACUGUACAAAGAAAUCCAGCUGGCGGUAAUACGAUUUUUGGAUCCAAUGGCAUAGAUAAAGCUGGGAAAUUUACAAUUCAAGGACACAUAUCAGCUAAUGGUUCGGUUAACUUCACCAAACAAUAUGAUGCCGCACACUCAUGGAUUUAUAAUGGAUUGAUGAGAAAAAGCGAAAUGUGGGGAACAUGGGGUAAUAAUAACGGGGUUUCCUUAUGUGGAAAAACAUGUAAUUUAACAAAGUAA